CCGUGCGGCGCCAACCGCCAACACCACAAAUUGUUUGUUUUGCUUCUCGAUCGAACAAAAUUUCUGAGAAGCAGCGAAAAAAACCUGCAAGGCCCACCACARUUCACAACUUUUCUGUAACCAACCGGAUCAACUUUGAUACCAAGGAAUCAACAUGACUACGCUUUCAGCAGACGCCGUGUCAAUGGCCGCUCUCUUGGCCGCCUUGACUCAACCAGACACGGAAGGAAUUCGUCAAGCUGAAGUUGCCCUGAAGCCUAUUUUGAAAGACAAUCGCUGUGUUCCUGCAUUUGUUGAAAUUCUCAAGGCAAAAGAUACGCAGGUAAGCCGUUCUGUUCGGUCGAAGCAUAAUUAUAGUGUCUUGGAAAAAAAUCGAAAGUCGAUGUACACUUCUUUCUUUCUUCGAUCAAUUGCUUACCCUUCUGCUUCUGACGAUCCAGCCUCCUGCCAACCGACAUGUUGCAGGCAUUCUUUUGCGCAAACGACUGCCCGGCCAUUACGACAGCUUCGAUGCUGCUACAAGGACUGCUCUCAAAGCAGAAAUAUUGACCAUCUUGUCACAGGAGCCAGAAAGAUCCGUGCGAAAUGGAUUGAUUGGUGUUGCGGCGUCUCUCGGAAAGUUAGAAUGCACCGCAGGCGGAACAUCUUGGCCCGAACUCUUCCAAUUCAUUGCUGCCGCGGGCGCCGAACAACAACCAGAUGCGCGGGAAAUGGCGUUCGGUCUAUUGCAAGAAAUGACUGACACAAUUGGUAUGCACUUGAAGAGCCAAUUUGCGCCUAUUGCAGGAUUAUUUGCGAACGCAUUAGUACCAACAGAGGAUGCUAAAGUUCAAAAGUCCGCGGUCAAAGCUGUUGGACAGCUCCUCUCUUUCUUGGCAGACGAGCCCGAGAUUGAUGUUUUUGCUGGUCUCAUCCCUUCUAUCCUAGAAGUAGCGGCUCGAAAUGUGAACGACGAUGAGCUCAUGGCGGUCGUGCUUGACGUACUCUAUGAUCUGGCAUACUCUCCAUCUCAAUCUGUCACCGUUCAUAUGCAACCAAUUGUUCGAUUUACUCUCCAAUGCAUUCAAACACAAGAUCUGGAGAUGGGAGUGCGUGACUCCGCUGCACUAGUUAUUGCAACUAUGGCCGAGGCAAAACCAAAAACGUUUGGAAAGGAGGAAGCUAUGCUAUCCCAAAUUUUGGAAACUCUAUUUACUUUGAUCGAGAACUCGCCAGAUUCGGCUGCGGGUGCUCUGUUCGAAUCAAAUCCGGCUUGGAGAGAGGAUCUAGAAAAUGGAGGUGACGAAUUUGACGGAGAUCUCGAUAGUCCAACAGAAACUUCCAUGGCACAGGGCACCCUUGAUAUGCUCGCUUGCGAAGUCCCCAAAAAAUACAUUUUCCAGCCGGUUGUGUCACGAUGUGUUCAAAGACUCAACUCACCGCAAGCAAACCACAGAAAGGCAGGAAUUGCUAGUUUGGGAGUUAUUGCCGAAGGAUGCCAAGAGCCUCUAUCGGAUCACUUGAGUGAGCUUAUGCCGUAUGUUCUCAAGUGUGCGCAAGACCCUGAUUCCCAAGUUCGGGAGUGUGCUUGUUUCUGCCUUGGUCAGAUUUCUGAGCAUUGUCAACCAGCUGUCUUGGAAUAUUCCGAACAAAUCCUUCCAAUUGUUUUCAACUUGCUUGAUGACAAAACAGUUGCUGUUCAAGCAACUUCUUGCUACGUGUUAGAAAUGUUUUGUGAAAGGUUGGAACCAGAUGCUGUCCGACCUUUACUUGAUUCUUUGGUAAAGAAAUUGGCAGGCAUGCUUGGAAGCUCAGACAAAAGAAGUGUUCAAGAAAUGGCAGUGGCGGCAUUGGCAGCUACAGCCGUCGCAGCCGAGGAGGAAUUCACGCCAUAUGUUGGUGGUGUAGCAACCCUCAUGACCAAGUACAUGGGUUUGACUGAUGAAAAUUUGUUUUCCCUCCGAGGACGAGCUUUGGAGUGCAUGGGACAUAUGGCUAUCGCUGUGGGCCGUGAAACUUUCCGACCUUACUUCCAAGUGACCAUGGAAUGUGCUUGCGAAGGCCUGACGCGGGACUCAACAGAUUUGCAUGAAUUCGCGUAUGCUGUGUUCGCAAACUUGUCGAAAGUUAUGAAAGAAGAAUUCGCACCGGCACUGCCAGAAUUGGUACCUCACCUAGUCUCAGUAAUUGGCACAGAUGAGGGCUCACUUGAACCUGCUGAAGAGGCAGAAAAGGUAAGCAAAGAUGUGUGUAUUGCUUGCAACGUUGUUGGAAAGCGAUUGUGUUGUCUUACUUUUUCCUGACCAGCGUGAUUUACAAUCGUUAUUGUUUACUACUCCUCAGUCUGGCCAAUUUGGAGCUCUUGACGAUUCGGACGAUGAAGAUGAAGAUGGUGGUAACUAUGUUUUGCAUGUGCGAACAGCGCUCUUGGAGGUCAAGAAGGGAGCGCUCACGGCCAUCGGAGAGUUGGCUUCGCACACAGGCGCUGCAUUCGCUCCUUUUCUGGAAAGUGUCAUUCAAGUAUUGCAAAAGGCUGCUACCAAUUGGCAUCCUUUGAUCAAGUGCGAGGUUGCUGAUGCUCUGCCAAACAUGAUUGUGCCAAGCGUUGCCGCUUACCAUAAUGGAGAAAUCCAGUGGACAAAGGGAGACACAACGUGCCCUAAUCCUCUGUCUCAGCACACACAGGCACUCGUCACGGCUGUCUUGGGAGAAUUGAUGGGCCUCACAAAGGACGAUGAUAGCAAUACCGUUGCUAAAGCAUGCGAAGGAAUUCAAUCUGUGAUUGAACUUUGUGGACCUCACGCGCUUCUGCCAGUCGCUAACGAUUGUCUCACCACCGCACAUGCGAUUCUGAUCAAAAGUUCCCCUUGUCAAGCAUCUGAAGAAUUCCUUGGCGAAGCUCCUGAGGACGAUGAUGAUCACGAUGUCGUGACACAGGCAGCUUGUGAUUUGGUCGGCGGUUUUUGCCGAGUAAUGGGAGCCCAGUUUGGGCAAUAUCUUCCUCAGUUUUUGCCGGCAGUUUGCGAAUAUGCGAAGUCGUCUCGACCAGCACGUGAUAGAUCAAUGGCUAUCGGUUGGCUCAGUGAAGUUGCUCAGGAGCUAGAAGGAACCAUAUUCGAACACUGGAAAACUGUCUUUUUGCCCGCAACCUUGGCCGGGCUUGGCGAUCCAGCGGAAGAGGUCAAGCGAAACGCAGCUUUCUGCGCAGGUGUUUGUUGUGAAGUCCUCAAGGAAAGCAUUGUCGGGGACUACCCACAAAUUCUACAGGGACUCGAACCGUUGUUCGGCAUGGAUGCGUCUAAUGGAGAUGCUACCGCUGCAUGUGUUGAUAACGCAGCUGCUUGCGUUGCUCGCAUGAUUAUGGCGCAACCAGCUAGUGUUCCUAUGCCUCAGGUUCUACCUGCAAUGUUGCGACUACUGCCGUUGAAGACGGAUAUGACAGAAAACGAAACGAUUUACAACUGUCUGCUGGGACUUAUCCAAAUGGGUCAACCUGACGCGUUGGCCCAAAAGGCUGAGCUGCAGCGAAUCUUCACUGCAGCCACUGCUUCUGGAAGCAAAGUCGACCAAGAGAUUCAAGCUAAGUUGGCGCAGGCCGCCCCAGCUCUUCAGUAAUGCAUGUAAACCGAUCGAUCUUUUCUCAUCGAUCUGUUUUGUAUUAUGGGAAGUCUUCAGCAAAUUGCCGUGCUGUGGAAGUCGGCAUCCAAAAUGAAUACGAAAAGUAGUU